GGCGGCUGCUGGCCACAGUGGGAGGAAAAGAGUUGUGGCCGGCUGACAGGUGCGUGCGCUCGGGGACUGCGGCCCUAAGGUCUCGCGCGCUCCUGAGCCCACGCCCGCGGCGCUCGCUGCCUGGCACCAUGCCCUCUUACACGGUCACCGUGGCCACCGGCAGCCAGUGGUUCGCGGGCACCGAUGACUACAUCUACCUCAGCCUGGUGGGCUCCGCGGGCUGCAGCGAGAAGCACCUGCUGGACAAGGCCUUCUACAACGACUUUGAGCGUGGCGCGGUCGAUUCCUAUGAAGUGACUGUAGAUGAAGAACUAGGCGAGAUCCAGCUGGUCAAAAUUGAAAAGCGCAAAUACUGGCUCCACGAUGACUGGUACCUGAGGUAUAUCACACUGAAGACACCCCAUGGGGAUUACAUCGAGUUCCCAUGCUACAGAUGGAUCACCGGCGAGGGCGAGAUUGUCCUUCGGGAUGGACGUGCAAAACUGGCCCGCGACGAUCAAAUUCACAUUCUUAAGCAGCACAGGCGUAAAGAAUUGGAAACACGGCAAAAGCAGUAUCGAUGGAUGGAGUGGAACCCUGGCUUCCCUUUGAGUAUUGAUGCCAAAUGCCACAAAGAUUUACCCCGAGAUAUCCAGUUUGACAGUGAAAAAGGAGUGGACUUUGUUCUAAACUAUUCAAAGGCGAUGGAGAACCUGUUCAUCAACCGCUUCAUGCACAUGUUCCAGUCUUCCUGGAGUGACUUCGCUGACUUUGAGAAAAUCUUUGUCAAGAUCAGCAACACUAUUUCUGAGCGAGUCAUGAACCACUGGCAGGAAGACCUCAUGUUCGGCUACCAGUUCCUGAAUGGCUGCAACCCCGUGCUUAUCCGGCGCUGUACAGAGCUGCCUCAGAAGCUUCCAGUGACCACAGAGAUGGUGGAGUGCAGCCUAGAGCGGCAGCUCAGCCUGGAACAAGAAGUGCAGGAAGGGAACAUUUUCAUUGUAGACUAUGAGCUGCUGGAUGGCAUUGAUGCCAACAAAACAGACCCCUGCACACACCAGUUCCUGGCUGCACCCGUCUGCCUGCUGUAUAAGAACCUGGCCAACAAGAUUGUUCCCAUUGCCAUCCAGCUCAACCAGACCCCAGGAGAGGAGAACCCAAUUUUUCUCCCUUCCGAUGCAAAAUAUGACUGGCUUUUGGCCAAAAUCUGGGUGCGUUCCAGUGACUUCCAUGUCCAUCAAACCAUCACCCACCUUCUCCGUACACAUCUGGUGUCUGAGGUGUUUGGUAUUGCCCUGUACCGCCAGCUGCCUGCUGUGCACCCCAUUUUCAAGCUACUGGUAGCCCAUGUGAGGUUCACCAUUGCAAUCAACACCAAGGCCCGGGAGCAACUUAUCUGCGAGUACGGCCUCUUUGACAAGGCCAAUGCCACCGGGGGUGGUGGGCACGUGCAGAUGGUGCAGAGGGCUGUUCAGGACCUGACCUACUCCUCCCUGUGCUUCCCUGAGGCCAUCAAGGCCCGGGGCAUGGACAGCACCAAGGAUAUUCCCUACUACUUCUAUCGUGAUGAUGGACUGCUGGUGUGGGAGGCCAUCCAGACGUUCACAGCUGAGGUGGUGGGCAUCUACUACGAGGAUGACCAAGUGGUAGAGGAAGACCAGGAGCUGCAGGACUUCGUGAAGGACGUUUAUGUGUAUGGCAUGCGUGGUAGAAAGGCAUCAGGCUUCCCCAAGUCCAUCAAGAGCAGGGAAAAGCUGUCCGAGUACUUGACAGUGGUGAUCUUCACGGCCUCAGCACAGCACGCAGCUGUGAACUUCGGCCAGUACGACUGGUGUUCCUGGAUCCCCAAUGCUCCCCCAACAAUGCGAGCCCCGCCGCCUACCGCCAAAGGCGUGGUGACCAUCGAGCAGAUCGUGGAUACACUGCCAGACCGCGGCCGCUCCUGCUGGCAUCUAGGCGCAGUAUGGGCGUUGAGCCAGUUUCAGGACAGCGAGCUCUUUCUGGGCAUGUACCCAGAGGAGCAUUUCAUCGAGAAGCCCGUGAAGGAAGCCAUGACCAGAUUCCGCAAGAACCUGGAGGCCAUCGUCAGUGUGAUCGCUGAGCGCAACAAGAACAAAAAGCUCCCCUACUAUUACCUGUCUCCAGAUCGUAUUCCCAACAGUGUGGCCAUCUAAGUCCUGCUUUCCUGGGUCCAGCAUCACUCUGGAAAAGCCAGUGGCUUUGGACAGCCAAGUUCCAGCUUGCCUGGCAGGCUCUAGCCUGGCCUCCUGGCAGUUGGUGCCUCUUCCUCCAGAACGACAGGGCUACUCUCAGGCCCAGAUGAUCUGGUUGCAAACCAAAGGCUACUUUAGGGUGGGUCAUGUUAUCACAAAGCUUCAGUGCCUCUUCCUGCUUAUUCCUGUCUGGUCAAAAUGUGCAGACACUGCAGGGACCUCCUAUGCAGAGCAGGACUGGGUAGCCGCCUCCCUCAUGCCCAGCUCCCACACUAAGCAGCAACUGCACAUCUGAAGUGAUGUCUGUUCUUGUUGGGAUGCAGGCUACUUUGUGCUGUUUAUGCUUUGUCCAAGUUCCUGCAUGAAGUAGGUGCUCAAGGUGACUUCUUAAAUAAAAAAUUGGUUGUCAAGGUAAA